AUGUCAAAUCCUGCAGUUAAGUCACAAAUGAAGAAAAUUAUGCAGUUAAUAUCACCACUUCCCAUAUCAGAAGAGAGUAAUUCUGGAACUGCUUUUUCCGAGAACAUACAGCAAGAUACAGAGGCCCCAGCUUUAGAUCAAAUCUCACUAACAGACAGCUACAGCGAUAUUGACAUGGACCCAAUAACGACAUCACCUUCGUUGAUCGAUUAUAUUUGUGAUACCGAUUUAAAUUCUGAACUCAAUACUAACUCAUCAUUAACACCAUUACCUCAAAUUAAACUUGUCGAAUACACCGAGCACCAGUUCACUUUUGGUCAACAACCAGAACAAAAUAUGUCCAAGAAUUUGGAGACCCACGACAGCAUUGCCUGUAUUGAUAGCGAAGAUUCAUGGAAGCCUGCCUCAUCGUCCAGUGAUUCGGAUGACGAUAAGUCCGUUCAAACAAUAGAAGAAGAAACAAGUGUUGGUAAAAAAGGAUAUAGGAAAAUAAAACCUUUACCAAAACGACUUUUAGCAAAAAAAAUUGUAACUGCUGUAGGGAAAUCUAUGCAACCAAACCCUUGUAUGAAUAAAAAAUGUGGUAACUCAUGUGCAAAUAAAUUUACAGAAGAUGAUCGCAAUAAUGUUUUUGAAAACUAUUGGGGAUUAGGUUGUGAUAAAAGACAAAAAGAUUACCUGCUGUCAUGUGCUAAAGAAAAACCGAUUGGAAGAAAAAGAUCCAGUAGUAAUAUCCGUAAAAUAUCAUACGAUUAUUUUAUCAGCUACAAUGGACAGAAUGACAGAAAUAUAUCGUUUUUGUAUUUACAGUAUCUUAAUUACGUAAGAGAAAAUAAUCCAGAAUCAUCAGUAUUAUUAAAAAGAGAAUUUCGUGACAUUUUUAAAAAGGAUUUUAAUAUCGAAUUCCAUCUGCCAAAAAAAGAUAAAUGUGCUUUUUGUGAGAAGUGCAAAAAUUUAUCACCUGAGAAUAAAAUUAUUUUUGAACAAACCCCUGAAUAUAAAAAUCACAUUCUAGAUAAAGAAAAAUGUAAGCAACUGUUUUUAGAAGACCAAAAAAUGAGCAAAUUAACUGAUUCUAACUCCUUAUCAAGAGCAAACAAAGCUAUUGUCGAAAAGGGGCCUACACCUUUAUACGUCAAAGAGCUCAAACUUUCAUUAGCUAAAUACCAAGAUUUACAGGAUCUGUGUAACAAAAACGUGAUUCCAAACAGAUACCAUCAAGAAUAUUUAAGUAUGAAGCAUGAUGGAAACGUACGUGAUGCUUUAGCUGAAACAGAUGAUGAUGAGGAGAUUUAA